AUGUAAGCAAUCUAAUUAAAUUAGAUAAAUUUUUGCUUGAUGAUAUAGAUGGAUUAUUUAAUGAAAUUUACAUAAAAUAGCAACACUCUCUAAGAAAUUGUAUAAUCAUAUUAAAUUUAUUGCAUUCAAAUUUUCAGCUCAAGAUAGAUGAAUAUUUGACAAUAGGAAAAUAUAAAUCUACCUCUUCACAAUAUUUCCUUAGUUGAUAUUUUAUUGGAAGUGUCAAAACAUCAAUAAUAUUUUCUACUAUUCAACAUUAUUUAAUCAAAUAAAAUAAUUUAGUAUGAUUCCACAUGUUUUGAAAAUUUAAACUAAAUGUUUCUUAAAUUUAAAAGUUUUAACAAUACUUUAUUAGAUUAAAGAAUCUUUAAAAUGAUUAAAAACAAAAAAUCUGAAACAUAAAUGAUAUUAUGA